GUGGGGAGCGAGCCAGUGCCCGAGCGUCCCAGCUCCGCCGCCGCCUCCGCAGCCCGGCCCGGCCUGCUCCAAGCCCGGAGCCCGGAGCCGCCGCCGCCGCCGCCGCCGCCGCUCCGAGCGCCGCCCCGGGCCCGGCCCGCCCGGGGAGAUGCGGCCCCAGAGGGAGGCGAUGCCAGAGCCGCGGCCGCCGCCCCGGAGUCCGCCCCGGUCCCGAUUCUGAAAGCCUGCUGAGACCCUGGGCUGCUCCUUCGGGCUGCUCGGACAUGCCCUAGCCUCUCUCCAGCCUGUCUGCGCUCCUGUGUGAUGGUGGCCCGUUGGCUCUGCUUGGAGCUGCUGCCACCGUGGGCUCUUUGAUCUCUUUUGAAUCGCCUCCUGGACUUACCCGUGCUCGCGAUGAGCUCCCAAACCCAUCCAGAUGGACUUUCUGGCCGAGACCAGCCAGUCGAACUGCUCAACCCACCAAGAGUGAACCACAUGCCUAGUACCGUGGAUGUGAGCCCGGCGCUGCCCCUCCAGGUGGCCCCCUCCGCCGUGCCCAUGGACCUGCGGCUGGAUCACCAGUUCUCGCUGCCCGUGACGGAGCCCACGCUCCGCGAGCAGCAGCUGCAGCAGGAGCUGCUGGCCCUGAAGCAGAAACAGCAAAUUCAGCGGCAGAUCCUCAUCGCCGAGUUCCAGCGGCAGCACGAGCAGCUCUCGCGGCAACACGAGGCCCAGCUCCAUGAGCACAUCAAGCAGCAGCAGGAGAUGCUGGCGAUGAAACACCAGCAGGAGCUUCUAGAGCACCAGCGGAAACUGGAGCAGCAUCGGCAGGAACAGGAACUGGAGAAGCAGCAUCGCGAGCAGAAACUGCAGCAGCUCAAGAACAAGGAGAAGGGCAAAGAGAGUGCCGUGGCCAGCACCGAGGUGAAGAUGAAACUUCAGGAAUUUGUCCUCAACAAGAAGAAGGCCCUGGCGCAUCGCAAUCUGAACCACUGCAUCUCCAGCGACCCUCGCUACUGGUAUGGGAAAACUCAGCACAGCUCCCUGGACCAGAGCUCACCCCCGCAAAGCGGGGGCCCCGCGGCCUACAAUCACCCCGUGCUGGGAAUGUACGACUCCAAAGAUGACUUUCCUCUUAGAAAAACAGCAUCUGAACCCAAUCUGAAAUUACGAUCCCGGCUAAAGCAGAAAGUGGCCGAGAGACGGAGCAGCCCCCUCUUGCGUAGGAAAGAUGGCCCAGUGGUGACCGCCCUUAAAAAGCGUCCAUUGGAUGUCACAGACUCUGCGUGCAGCAGUGCCCCCGGGUCAGGACCCAGCUCCCCCAACAACAGCUCCAACAACGUCAGUGCCGAGAACGGGAUUGCGGGACCGGUCGCCAGCAUCCAGGCAGAGACCAACCUGGCUCACCGGCUGGUGACCCGUGAAGGCUCCGUGACGCAGCUGCCCCUCUACACAUCGCCCUCCCUGCCCAACAUCACACUCGGCCUGCCCGCCACCGGCCCUUCCAGCGGUGCAUCCGGACAGCAGGACGCUGAGAGGCUCACGAUUCCGGCCCUCCAGCAGCGACUCUCCCUCUUCCCCGGCACCCACCUCACCCCCUACUUGAGCACUGCAGCCUCCGCCCUAGACCGGGACGGGAGCAGUGCGCACAGCCCUCUUCUGCAGCACAUGGUGCUCCUGGAGCAGCCGGCGGCCCAGACGCCCCUUGUCGCAGACUGGUGUCUUCCAGGCCUGGGAGCGUUGCCCCUCCACACACAGUCCCUGGUGGGUGCCGACCGGCUGUCCCCGUCCAUCCACAAGCUACGGCAGCACCGGCCCCUGGGGCGCACACAGUCGGCCCCCUUGCCCCAGAACACCCAGGCCCUGCAGCAGCUGGUCAUCCAGCAGCAGCACCAGCAGUUCCUGGAGAAACAUAAACAGCAGUUUCAGCAGCAACAGAUGCACCUUAACAAGAUGCUCCCCAAGGCUGCCGAGCAAGCGCGCCAGCCCGAGAGCCACCCCGAGGAGACAGAAGAGGAGCUGCGGGAGCACCAGGCGCUCCUGGAGGAGCCGUACCCCGAGCGGCUGCCGGGCCACAAGGAGGCCGUGCAGGUGAAGCAGGAGCCCCUGGAGAGCGACGGGGAGGAGGCCGAGGCAUCACCCCACGAGGCUGAGCCAGGCCAGCGGCAGGCUGAGCAGGAACUGCUCUUCCGCCAGCAAGCCCUUCUGCUCGAACAGCAACGCAUCCAUCAGCUGAGAAACUACCAGGCCUCGAUGGAGGCCGCGGGCAUCCCCGUCUCCUUCAGCGGCCACCGCCCCCUGUCCCGAGCACAGUCUUCCCCUGCGUCAGCCACUUUCCCCAUGUCUAUGCAGGAGCCCCCCACCAAGCCAAGAUUCACGACAGGCCUUGUGUAUGAUACCUUGAUGCUGAAGCACCAGUGCACCUGUGGAAACACUAACAGCCACCCCGAGCACGCUGGCCGCAUCCAGAGCAUCUGGUCCCGGUUGCAGGAGACAGGCCUGCGCAGCAAGUGUGAGUGCAUUCGGGGACGGAAGGCGACGCUGGAGGAGCUGCAGACGGUCCACUCGGAGGCCCACGCCCUGCUCUACGGCACUAACCCCUUGAACAGACAGAAAUUGGACAGUAAGAAACUUCUAGGUUCCCUAACGUCCAUGUUCGUCAGGCUCCCUUGUGGCGGUGUUGGGGUGGACAGCGACACCAUCUGGAAUGAAGUGCAUUCCUCCGGGGCCGCCCGCCUGGCCGUGGGCUGCGUGGUGGAGCUGGUCUUCAAGGUGGCCACGGGAGAGCUGAAGAACGGCUUUGCUGUCGUCCGGCCCCCCGGCCACCACGCAGAGGAGAGCACACCUAUGGGCUUUUGCUAUUUUAAUUCCGUGGCGAUCGCUGCCAAGCUUCUGCAGCAGAGGCUGAAUGUGAACAAGAUCCUCAUUGUGGACUGGGAUGUCCAUCAUGGUAACGGGACCCAGCAGGCCUUCUACAACGACCCCAAUGUUCUCUACAUCUCCCUCCAUCGCUACGAUGACGGCAACUUCUUUCCUGGCAGCGGAGCCCCUGAUGAGGUCGGCACGGGACCCGGAGUUGGCUUCAACGUGAACAUGGCAUUCACCGGAGGCUUGGACCCGCCCAUGGGGGACACAGAGUACCUAACUGCCUUCCGGACAGUCGUCAUGCCCGUGGCUAACGAAUUCGCCCCCGAUGUCGUGCUGGUUUCGUCCGGUUUCGAUGCUGUGGAAGGCCACCCUACACCUCUGGGUGGCUACAAUCUGUCAGCAAAGUGUUUCGGGUACCUGACGAAGCAGCUCAUGGGACUGGCCGGCGGCCGCAUCGUGCUAGCCCUGGAAGGAGGUCACGACCUGACGGCCAUUUGCGAUGCCUCAGAAGCAUGUGUUUCUGCUUUGCUGGGAAACGAGCUGGAUCCUCUCCCAGACAAGGUCUUGCAGCAAAGGUCAAACGCCAAUGCGAUCCACUCUAUGGAAAAAGUCAUCGAAACCCACAGUGAGUAUCUUCUGGUAAUGUCGGGUCCCUGCAGCGCUUUCCUCCACGGUGGGUAUUCUCUGCUCGAGGCCCAGAAAUGUGAGAAUGAAGAGGCAGAGACUGUUACCGCACUGGCCUCGCUGUCUGUGGGGGUCAAGCACGCCGAAAGAGGUCAGAUGAUGAGCCUAUGGAAGAGGAACCGCCCCUGUAGCCUCCGGCUCGAAUCUGCUGGUCUCUCGUUUGUGCGUCUUUUGUCUUGAAGCUCUGCCAAGAAAAUUCCUCGUUGCUCCUGCGUCCUGUCAGGGUGUUCUCCCAGAAUACAAAAGGACAGCCAGGUGUGACACAACAACAGGACUGGUCUUUCUGGAUAUGGAAACCAGGUCUUUCUGCAUCUCCAGACCUCUAGAUAUCCAUAUAGAUAUAUAUCUACAUCCCUAGAUAUAUAGACACGGGCGCCGAGCCCCCCCCCACCCGCCAGACAUCCAUGGCCUAUGGGCAUCGACCACGGACCCGCUGGGGAGCGCAGACACACGUGAGACACGCGUGGAGCCAGGCGCUCUUUCUCCACUCCGCAGUGGGGACCCUAGAGGAGAAAGCAGCCGGUGGCGGCUUUGGGCGGACAGGCCACGUGGUGUGAAAACAGACAAGGGCGGCCGCAAAGGAGACCCACGUUUCAAAGCUCUAAUAACACAGAAAACAAACUUUGUUAAAACUGGUGCUUAAGGUUUGAUUACCCACAAUUCCGCAGUCUCCGUUGAAACCACUCGACUCAUCGUGUAGCUUGUUUGUUUUUUUAGACAAAUAAAAGGAGAAAAAAGCAAAGGGGGGAAAGGGUUGAUGCCUCUGCCUGUGGGGGAGUCGGAAACAUCCUCGACAAGCCCUGAUGAUGCUCGAGGGUGGGUUUUUACCGGGGAGGGUGGGGGGCCCAGAAGACUCAUCUCUCUCUCUUUUUUAAUAGAACAAAAACAGGAAAAAUCAUGAGUGCCCCCGGGAGGAGUCGGGCUUUAGCUUUUCAAAGCCGCCUGAAGAUGAGAGUUUGUGCCUUUUUUUCAAUUGAUCUGAUGGAUUUGGUGUGGCUGAUUUUUCAGAAGUUUGAAGGACAAUGCCUUAAGUUUAAAAGAAAAGAAAAAGCAGGACUCUGUGGAGCGACUUCCUCUAGCUGACGGAGCCAAGACCUGCCAGCAAGCCCAGAGCGAGGGAGAGUGAGCGGGAGCGAGCAGGAGCCUCUGGCCUCUGCUCACAUGAGGACUGAAAGCAAGCCAGCCUCCCUGCUGCGGCUCCAGAAUUCUCUCCCGAUUUGGGGAGCAAUGGGGCGGGGGGGGGGGGCGUUGUUUGGGUUUUUGUGGUUCUAUUUCAUUUCAUUGCUGUUUAAGACAAAUUAAGGGAGUUGCCCCCAAAGUGGCAAAUACUGUUGGGUGUUUUGAAGUCUGACAAAUUUUCAACAAUCCGAGGCGUUUUCUUCCCGGCAUUGAUUCUCUAACAGUCGAACGCAGCAGUUUGGUUGUUGACGCAUGUAAUAGACACAUUUGCAGUUUUAAGAUUGGGUGCUUUUUUCCCUGAGAGCAAACUAGCACGAGGUAUUGCUUCAAUUGUAGGUAUAAAUAGAUAGAUAUAUAUAUAUAUAUGUAUGUAUGUAUAAUGUAUAUUCCAAAUGUACUCCAAGCUUAGAAACUUGAUUCUUAUGAAAUCUUGAUAAAAUAUUUAUAAUGCAUUUAUAGAAGAAAUAAAAGGUAAAUAUAAUCAAUGCAGAUUGUAAAAGUCACCUUUGAAAGGUCCCUAGCCAACGGUUACCUUGUGAAUUGGACCAGAGUGGUGCUGAGGGAAAGAGAGAGUUAGACUGGCUUCAGUUCACCAACACAGUAGCCACUGGGCAACUACCCGCCACGUCUGCAUUUUCAUUUCAGGUUCUGUUUGUUUUGUUGGCUUUCUUUUCUGACAGGACCUCUGACCCCCCCUCUUUGCACACAUACACACAAUGAGUUUGGGGGGUUUUGGGGGGGGAGGUUUGAUAGCAAGAACUAGAGAAAUUUGUUGUUGAUUUUUGUAUCAGUUGUUUCCAAUCCGGAAGAAACCUCGUUUGUGUGGAUUUUACAUUUUUUCUCCAUGACUAAUAAUGAUGUCAAAAGGCCUUUCUUGCCUCCGUCCUUGCUUGUACAUUUUUUUUAACUUUUUAACGUCUUGGUUUUUUUAUUAUCAUGGGGGGGAGGGGGUUAGUUUUUGUACAGUCAGCAUCUUUUUGCCAGGCUGAGGAGACUUUACAGUUUAGAGUUUGUUUUCGUAAAGGGAGCAUUUAAUGAACAGAGGGGCUGGUCGGGCUCACUUGUGGACCGAUACCCGCCAAGGUCUAUUCUCCAAAGGAGCGGGGUGUUUUUUACCUUCCCCAUCAUCAUGUUGGACAGGGCCUCCCUUCACUGUCACGGCUGUAUAGAGCUCCUCUGGGGAAGACUUGUCAACCUUCCUUGAAACACCAUUGUUGAGAUCGAAUUGAACUCUUGUUCUCCAGAGAUCUUUGGGAAAAAAUGCUUCUGAGAAUGUUGAACUAGGCGAGGAGUGUGGUUUUUCCAUUUUUUUUUUUCUUUCUGCCAUCUGGUUUAGACCCUCACUAGGAAGCACCAGAUGAUUCCUGGAGGAUGGGUGUGUACGAGACCGAUUGGCACACGGACUUUUUUUCUUUUCCAAAGCCUAUAGAAUAGUACAAUUCACUCCUCUGGACAAGCCGUGUUUUCGCUUUCUUUUUUUGUGACAUUUGAAGUCGCCAUUUUCAUUCCAAAAUUGAUUGAAUUCAGACUUGUGGAAAGAAUUUGAAACUCCGAGGGGGGGCUGGGAUGGUCCCCUCUCUGAAGGGGCAGCCAAGGAAUUUUCUGACCUUGUUCAGCUUUUUCCGAUCCACACUAACGGCAUGGGACGAUUUCUUCGUUUAUCCUUGAGCCUUAGACCUGCACGCAGCCGAGUGAGAAGGUCAAGGUUUGGGUGCUGAAAGAAAAGGCCCCCUUUGCCCCAAGUGGGCGCCCCUUCUUCUCCAUAGGUCUAAACCCUAGUCUGACUUCUUGGGGCUGCUCGGCCUGGGUUUGGUUUUAUUUUGAGGCUUUCAGAUUUUGGGGUUGGGGGGGGCAGAGGAAAGGAAGGAAUCAUUUCUUCUCCUCUGGCGUAGGAAGGCCGAAGGCUCCCCCCGCCCCUUCCCUUUUCUCAGACUUUCCAAGCUCUCCUCUGGAGCACAGCACUCAGUGUCGGCAGCAGGGGGGAUUUUUGUCGGGGUUCCCUCCUCCCUGCAAGCAGUUACAGGAGAGAAAACAGUUGUUUGUCAUUUUUACAAGAUGCUGGGGAUAACCGGGACCUUUCUGUGGCCACUUGUUAUUCUUGGACUUUGUGCUAUUUAUUGCAUGUUGCAAAGCCCCAUCCAGUGAAACCCCCCUAGGUUUGUCCUCCUCCUUCGGCCCCAGGCGAUCUGUUUCAAGAAUUGAUUGUUUCACUUUGGUUUUUCUCUUUGGGCGGGGGUGGCCCGCACUUGGCCUUUCUGCUGGCUCCCCUUCUCCCCGUCUGACCACAACUGUCGCUGGCCCAUGGAUGGAGCUUCCUUUAGCUCUCCACUCUCAUGCCAACCCCAUUUCUCACUUGCACCUUUGCUGAGACUCCUGGGGCAUUUUCCAAAUGUCGGUCCACAGGGUGGGUGAGUGAGCACUUUACUGGCCCCUGGGGCGAGGGCUGGGGGUCCCUGCUGGCGCUCCUGGAACAGCUCGGGUGGCUUGUGGCCACGGUCCCCAUCUGUCCUUUUCAUUAUCCCGGCCCGGAGCCUGCCCCCCCCCCCAGGAUGUGCCUGAGCUCCACCAGCAGGAGCACCGACCCAUUUCGACCCGGUUGGGGCCGAUCAGUGGCCGCUCCCCCCGCGUUGGUGUUCAGCGGGCCCUGGUUUAAAAGGGCCCCUCAUCAAAGCCAUUCUGCUUCUCCUGUUUCUUACCUUUUAUCCCUCUAUCUGUUUGGAGAAGGAGGUGGGGGGGUUUCUUUUAUUCCGUGGUCUCAGACAGACCCAGAAGCUGCAAGGGCAGGUUUGCAGGACCCCCCCCCCCCAGCCCCUGCUAGGGAGGGGCUGGGGAGGCCGAUUGUUUUUCAGCUUUGUUUUUAUUUUCGAUAUAGAACAUUCCUUUGUAUUCGUCACAGUCAUGUAUUCAUUCCAUUCUGCUUUUUGUAAACUUUGGGGCCCACGUGUUUUACGGGCAUUGAUAUAUAUAUAAAUAUAUAUAAAUAUAUAUGAAUAUAUUUUUUUAAGUUUCCUACACCUUGAGGUUGCAUGGUCUGUAAGGUUGGCAUGUCUUUCUAUUGUACACAGAUUUUGCACGCCAGACUUGGCAGCUUUGGGGAAAAAAACAAAAAAACAAAAAAACAAAACCUGUUUUUUUCCCCCUCUCGUGGCAUUUGCAGAUUUUGUAAAAGGUGGGACAUUUUCUGUAAAGCAAAAUAUGGACAGAGAGUUGGGGGGGGGUUGCGUCUUACUGAACUUAUUCUGAAGAAUUUGUGCUUUUUGUUGUAAGAAAAAUAAAAGGACUACUCAAACCUUUGUCAUUUUAAGGAAAGAGUCUAUGAGCACUGGUGACAGCCCAAUAAUAGAGUUUAUUGUAUUGAUGUGGAAACAGUGUUUUGGAGAAACUAUGCUAAAUGCAAAAUGGAAACUGCCUGGGUUCUUCAAGGAUGUUUUUCUUUCGGGGCUGGGGGGAAGGGAGGGGGGAGAGACGUGGUUUUGGUUUGUUUUGUUUCAUUUCCUUUCAAGGGGUGAGUGAAUGCAACCCUUUCUCGACGACUGGACUUUGUUUGGACAAAAAAACAGAAAACAAAAAAAAAAAACUUGACGUGGAGCCUAAAGAGUUAACUUCUUAGCGCCCCUCCCCCCUUUUAAAAGUGACUUUUAGAUGACGUUAUUGAUCGAUCUCACGUUCCGAUAAACAGUCGAGGACUGUGUGAGCAACACUGUGGUUUAAAGUUUUAUUCUAUCGACUGCAUUGUAAGGAAACCCAAAGUUUCUUCAUUGUUCUGAAGCCAGCGGCUUCCCUUUGUCUUUGAUGUUGAUUUUCAAAGUAUCCUAUUGAAAGAAAAAGGAAUCUAACAUUUGUGUGUGUGUGUGCUCCAUAGUGGAGGUGCUAGUUUCCAUUUAUGGGGAUGACAAACUUAUAUAUAUAUAUAUAUAAUAUAUAUAUAUAAAAGGGGGGUCGAAGCAUUACUCGCCCGAGAGCUUAUUACCGAUCUAUAGUAUCCAAAGCUGUAUCUAUAUUAUAUUCUCCAUGCUCAGAAUGACGUCACCAUUGGUAGCAGCUACCACUUUCUCUGUCAGCCAGACACCAUCUCCCUCUUAAUUGUGCGGAAGGGGGGCGGGGCGGCGGCGGCAGCGGGGUUCUUUGUGCUGACCUCUGCCUUUGGCCCUUGCCUCUGCUCAGUAGACCCGGAGGUCGGUCUCGGUCUCGGUCUCGGUCUCGGUCUCGGUCUCUCUCUCUCUCUCUCUCUCUCUCUCUCUCUCUCUCUCUCUCUCUCUCUCUCUCUCUUUCUC